UCUCUACCCAUUCGUCCUUUCUCCACUUCCCUUUCUUGCUCUCCACCCCUCUCUCCCUCUCUUUAUCCCUCCAAAAACCCUAGAAGUUUCCCGAAUCCGGUUCUCAUCUCAAUCCCUGCGAGAGCUCCUCCGACACUCCAGCUCCUGCAGAUCUCAGAACGCCCCGAAGAUCGCCAAGGGGAAUUAUAAAAUUUCUAGGGUUUUGGGGUCUGUUUUCAUGGGCAUAGGUGGUUUUGGUUGCCGUCGGAGUUUCUCGAGGUGAAUUCCGGGCAGAAAGCAAGGAUAUUUCUGGUAAUUUUACGUUCCAGGAGGGAAUUGUGGUUUGUUGUUUCUGGUCGAGGCGCUGGUCUCAUGAGAAUUGUUAGGGGAAUGCAGAGAUUGGUUCACGAGGAGCAGAAGUCACUGGGCUGGAAGAAAUCGUUCAGCCGAGGGAUUGGCAUCACAGCACCGAAGGUGAGGACACGUGAUAAACGGCCGGUUAGAGUUUGGGGGCUUUGAGCUGAGAAGGAGACGAGGAGGAGGGUUUCUGCAGGAAAAAGAUGACUCGAAUCUUGGUUCAGCGUGGUUCAGCUGGAUCUUCAUCAAACACGAACCGUGCUUCCUUGCCUGGGUCUUCCUCUGCUUCAGUGCCCCAGCCUAUCACGCAUCAGAUCCCUUCAGCUGUAAAAGAAGAGGAGCAGGAGAAGGAUGUGCAAGACCCAGGCACGUCGGAUGAUCUUCUUGACUGUUGUGGAAGCAGUGAUGAUAAGAUCCCACGAAGUGAUGAGUUUCUGCCAGAAAGCACUCAAGCUGUUAGAAAUGAGACUGCAUUGGAUGAAUCCGUUGAAAAAGAGAAAGUUGGUAAUGAGGAUGUCGUGGAUUUGGAGGUCAUGACAAAAGAGUUGGGCGGAGUACGGAUUCCAGAAGGAUUUGAUACUGAUGAGAACGAGGUUUCGGGUGCCGGUUGUUCGCAGAUCAUUACAGGGAGUUCGUAUCCCCCUCCUCCUCCUGUCCCACCCCCGAAACCCUUGUCGGGAAGCUUGAGUUCAAGGAGAACGGGCUCAGGUGGUUCAAACAAUGUCCGGAUUGGUUCUUCUCGAAGGGCAGUAGCGUGGCCCGUUGUUUCGACUCGGUCAUCACCAUCAGGCUCGCGACCUUCUUCUCCAAGGUCAUAUGGUGAAGGCGAAGGUUACAACAGCGCAGAUGAACAAAGCCCGUGCUUUGGUUCCUCUUAUGAUGAUGCUCACCCACUAUUCCUUCUAGCCAGCUGUGUUGGUAUUCUCGACGAGAGAGAACGCCAGUUUGAACUUGAUAUCCGACGAACAAAAGGUUUAGAAGUCAAACGGAUGGUAGAGGAUGGAAACUGCCUGUUUCGUGCUGUUGCAGAUCAAGUUUAUGGGGAUAGUGAAGCAUAUGAUGUGGCUCGACAGAUGUGCAUUGAUUAUAUGGAGAAGGAGAGGGACCACUUUUCUCAAUUUAUAACGGAAGGUUUCACAUCUUAUUGUAAAAGGAAGAGGCGGGACAAGGUAUAUGGAAACAACAUGGAGAUCCAGGCUUUGUCCGAGAUGUACAAUCGCCCUAUCCAUAUAUAUUCCUACAGCACAGAACCUAUCAACAUUUUCCAUGGAAGCUACAACACGGAUACCCCACCUAUCCGGCUAAGUUAUCAUCAUGGAAAUCAUUACAACUCACUUGUUGACCCACGCCGAUUGAACAUUGGUGCAGGCCUUGGAUUCAGCAGCCUUCAGGGGACGAAUGUUGACAGGGAUCAAGUGAAGGCAGCUAUCAGAGCUCAACAAGACCAACAAAUUGAUAACGCACUUCUAGCUGAGGGUCGUUUCUACUCAGAUCUGGAGCUCACAGAGAAAGAAAUCGAGCGCAUGGUAAUGGAAGCUUCGCGGGCCGAAUAUCUUGCUGAUGACAAGUUCAAGCAGCAGCUUGGCUAUAGAGAAUCAUCCACUUCUGGUGCCGAGCCAUCAUCUUCUGGUGCAACGACAGGGCCGUCGCAGAGUGGGGGCGGUAGGGAUGGGGACUUGACUGAUUCCAUGGUCCUCAGCAGCAGCAUGCAGAUGUUGCUGUCGAUGGGGUUCAGCUAUAUACAGGUGAUUGAAGCAUACAGCAUUUUCGGGGAUGACGUCGACUCCAUGGUCUGCUACUUGUUGGAGACCGGUGGAAACGGUGCGGCGGCGGGCAGCUUAAACAGGCGGAAAGGGAAGGCAGCUGAGGGAGAGACAAAAACAUGGCUUUAGGAAUGAUUGGGUCUUAUUCAGGUAAAAGAAUGUAAUGGAAGGGUGGAAAAUAACAUCAGAUGAGAGCGUUAUAAGAACACACUCUGAUAUGCCGUAGUUCCAGUUUAAUAAAAGAUAGAUGUAGGAUUAUUUAUGCA